AUGCUGAACGCCCUCGAGGGGGACCGCCAAGGAGAUGGGGUGACGGUUCGCUACACGGAUGGACCAGCUGAGAGCUCAAUUGGAUACGGCUCAAGGACCUCGUCAACGUCACUCACGAGACUUGAGAACAUUUUGGAUGAAAAUGGCGAGGGAACGAAAGAAACAACGAGUGGAAGAGAUGCUGGGGCCCGCACGUCCAGUGAAGACGGGCAAUCUAAGUAUCUAAGUAUUUCUUUAAUUGAGCCGGACAUGAGGUUGUUACAAUCCUAUGUUCAUGGCUAA